CCCAGACGAAUGCUCGAGUUGUUUCUGCAUCAACCUAUUCUAUUAUUAUUUUUAACCGUGAAUUUUAUCAAAAUUAGUGUUGAAUUUUUCGACUUUUAACAAAUUAUAAAUGCGUGUUACGUUUUAAGCUAUCGUGUUUCAUCAUUUACCAAUUUUUUAACGUGCUACAGCCAUGACUUACCGCGGAUGCGUUUUGAGCCGCAGUUCAUUGCCUUAUGUAAAACUGGAAAUGGUGUUUCUUCCGUGAGUGACCGAAAUAUAAAGUGACUUAUGCGUAGUGAACGAGUUUUCGUGAAAUUCAGCAAAAGUAGUGUAAAAUAAUGUCUAAUUCGACCGUGCAAGUUUUAAUGAAAAAGGGAAAGAGAGGAGCAGCUGCUUAUAUCCAUGCGGAUUGCGCGAGUGGAUCUCCACAGCAUUGGGCUCCUCUGCUGGACGUUUUGCUGAACCCCAGUAAAGCUAUAGACGAAUGGGAGACCAUCGACUGGUGCAGGUGGCUCCUCGCUGGCGGCAGAACACCGGAUGAAUUCGCUGCAGUCGUGCGAAGCUACGACAAGCACGAUAAAUGCGGUCUGGUGUGGAUUCCGCGCGUGGUCGCGUACCGGUGCCGCACGUGCGGCAUCUCGCCGUGCAUGUCCAUCUGCCGCGAGUGCUUCCACCGCGGCGACCACUCGACGCACGACUUCAACAUGUUCCUGUCGCAGGCGGGCGGCGCGUGCGACUGCGGCGACAAGUCCGUCAUGAAGGAGGACGGUUUCUGCAGUAACCACGGCAACAAGUGUCCGCGGCCGGGCACCGCGCCCGCCGAGCUGAUGUGCGUCGCAGAGGCCAUGAUGCCGCGACUUAUUCUGCGGCUGUUGCAGCACUUUAGAGAAAACAGCGACGGCGGCAGCUCGGACAACUACCGCGUGGCGGUGCAGGAGUGCGAGGGCUACGUGCAGAUGCUGAUGGAGUUCAACAACAUGGGCGACCUCAUGCGCGGCGCCAUGACCAAGGCGCUCAUCAACCCGCAGAUGUACCGCAACCUGGUGGAGGGCCCGUUCCCGGACACGGAGUACGGGCGCUACAUGGCGGACUCCAACCGCAUGUACGAGAAGGCCAUCGACAGCUUCCCCGCGCCCGAGCCGCCCGACGAAUACCGGCACCUACCAGCGCUAGCACCUCGACUGCAGCACAAAACUUUACUUGACGAGUUCAUAUUCUGGACGUUUAAAUACGAGUUCCCGCAGAACGUGGUCUGUUUGCUGUUGAACAUGCUGCCCGACCAAGAUUAUAAGGAGCACCUGACGCGCACGUUCGUGCUGCACUACGCGCGCAUCCCGCUGGUGCUGGAGAGCGCCGGGGACCCCGACACGCUGUCCAACCGCGUGGUGCACAUGUCCGUGCAGCUGUUCAGCAACGAGGCGCUGGCGCUGCGCUGCGUGCAGCAGCUGCACCUGCUGCACGUCAUGGUGCUGUCGCUGCGCCUCAUGAUGGGCAAGAUCCUGGUGCAGAACACGCUGCACGAGCCGGCGCGCAACUUCCACUACGUGAUCGACUGCACGCGCCGCGUCAUGAAGGAGCACUGCUACUGGCCGCUCGUGUCCGACUUCAACAACGUGCUGUCGCACCGCAGCGUGGCGCUGCUGUUCCUGCAGGACGACGCGCUCGUCAACAUGUGGUUCGAGUUCCUCUCCAUGCUGCAGGGCAUGAACGUGAACGUGCGCGAGACGGGCGGGCACAUCGAGUUCGAGCCGUCGUCGUACUACGCGGCGUUCUCGUGCGAGCUGGAGGCGGCCGCGUACCCCAUGUGGUCGGUGCUGUCGCACCUGGGCGCGCCCGAGCACGGCGCGCUGGCGGCGGGCGCGGUGCGCGCGGCGCUGGCGGCGCUGCGCGGCUGGCUGGCGGCGGUCGGCGCGCCGCCCCGCGCGCCGCACGCGCACGCCUCCUUCCACUUCCCGCUGCACCGCUACCUGGCCGCCUUCCUGUGCGCCGCCGGCCGCGCCUGCGCGCUGCGCGCCGCCGACCUGCUGCCGCCGCCCGACCUGCUGGCGCUGCUGGCCGCGCACCCGCUGCGCGUGCAGAGCCUGUUCUACGAGAUCCUGGCGGGCGUGUGGGUGCGCAACGGGCUGCAGAUCAAGGGGCAGGCGAUGACGUACAUCCAGGCGAACUUCUGCAACUCGAUGGUCGACUUGGACAUAUUCUGGCUGCAAAUCUGCGCCGCGCACCUGCCCGCCGACCAAUUCAUGGACAUGUGCAUAGACACAUUCGGAGUGCGCGAGUGGCUCAGUAUGACGCCCAUGUCGCCGUCGCAAGCGGCGGAGCAGGACGCCAUGGUGGAGGGGCUGCUCACCUUCCUCGCCAUACUCGUCAGCUCCAGGACUAACCUUGGCAACGACGAGGUGCUGCAGUCGCGCGUGGAGGUGGCCACGCUGCUGGCGGCGGGCGACAAGACGCACUCGCAGCUGCUGGAGCUCAUGCCCGAGCGCUCCGGCAACGCGCACACGCGCAACUUCGAGGCGGUGCUCAGCGAGCUGUCGGAGUACCGCGCACCCCCCCGCGGCUCGGAGGCGCUGGAGCAGGGGCUGUUCGUGCCGCGCGCGGCGGUGUGGGAGCGCUACUACGACCCGCUGCACGUGCUGCGCCGCGCCGUGCACCGCCGCGACUUCCACGCCUCCAUGGACCGCUUCGCCGCUUAUGUAGCGGAGAAACGCAAGGCUGAAGGCGGAGGGUCGGCCAACACAGCAACGGGCAACUUGUGGCCCCCGCUGCGGCCUGCGCGCGCGCCGCCCAACGUGGAGCUUAGUGGGGACCCCAGACAGAUCUGCACUUCCGGCGUGCUGCACGCGGCGCUGCUGGCGGUGCUGCACCGCGGCGUGCGGCGGCGGGACGGAGGCGCGGGGGGGGCCGCCGCGCCGCCCGACCACGUGCUGGCGCUCGCCGUGUACCUGCUGGACGUGGCCGCCGACCUGCACCGCCAGCUGCCGCCCAGCGACCGCUCCGUGUGCGUGGCGAGCGGCGAGGGCGUGCGGCGCGGAGCAGUGGGCGGCGUGCCGCUGCUGGCCGCGUUCCCCGGCGGCUCCGUGUGCAGCAACGCGCGCACCGUGGUCGCGCACGUGCCGCCGCUGCACGCCGCCGCGCAGCUCUACCCGCAGCCCUACCACUCGGACAGUGACCCGGAAUGGGAGGGAGCUGAGGCGGGCGAAGGCGAAAGCGAAGCGGGCAGCAAAGUGGCCUCCACUGCGCUAGCAGUGCCGCAACCCAUGCAGAUGGUCCGCAACAAUUCAGUACCAGACGACCAAUCAGACGCGGGUGGUGAUGCGCCCGAGAUUAGAGCUUUAGAGAGUGGUGAAACCGGUGCGCUAGUGGUCCAGGGUGGGGGUGAAGCGGACACGGACACGGACAUGGACAUGGAGGGCGCGGCCAUGUCGCUGGCGCUGGCCGCCCACCACGCGCAUCAGGACCGGGACACGCCCCCGGACCAUGCACUCGAGCUAGAAUGGGAAAUGAGCGAGCCGCGUGCGUUGCCCGCGCCGCUGGAACUGGACGCACCGCACGCAGCGCACUCCGCACACGACGCGCACACUUCCAACACACAGGUGCAACUACACUCGCAAGCUGAAGAGCAGAUCCCGGUGAACGAGUCAAUCAUCUCGCUGCUAUUGAAACUGCACUCGCAACUAUCGGGCCGCCUUGAUUCAUUUUCAUUGGAUGAGCCUCCACCAGCCUCGCAAGAACCUAUUGGUGACGGACCACACUUCAUCGGACAAGUUUUGCAUAAACUGGCAGCGCUAGAUUCGCGAUGUGCAGAUGCUAUUCAACAAGUGCGACGUACCAUGUGGCCAAACCAGCGAGAACGGCAGGCGGAACAGAGAGCAAGGGAGCGGCGCGAGAAGGAGGAGCGGUCGCGGCGCGCGCGCGAGCGGCAGGCGGCGCUCAUGCGCGAGUUCGCGCGCAAGCAGGCGCAGUUCCUGUCCGCCGUGCGCCAGCUCGAGGGCGAGCACAUGGAGUGGGACGACGAGCCCGUGGCGCGCGACUACGACUGCGUCAUCUGCAACACCACGGCGCCCGCCGCGCUGCACGACCCCAUCGGGCUGGUGGCGCUGCUGCAGUCCACGGCCGUGCUGGGCCACCGGCGGCGCGCGGGCGCGGGGCCGCCGGCGCUGGCGCUGUCCGAGGGCGAGCGCGCGCGGCUGGCGGCCACGCAGCGCGCCUCGGCCGCCGCGCACCACGACCGCCUGCACGACGAGCUGCAGCAGCACUUCGACCGCGACUCGUGGCUGCUGAGCGUGUCGGUGGGCUGGGAGGGCGGCGUGGCGGCGCAGUCGUGCGGCCACCACGUGCACCUGCGCUGCCUGCGCGCCUACCUGCGCGCGCUGGCGGCGCCGCGCCCGCCCAACCUGCACGUGGAGCGCGGCGAGUUCCUGUGCCCGCUGUGCCGCCAGCUGGCCAACAGCGUGCUGCCGCGCGCGCCGCCGCCGCCCGCCCCGCCCGCCCCGCGCGCGCCGCCCGACCCCGCGCCGCCCUUCGCGCAGCUCGCGCGGCAGCUGCGCGCCAUGCUCGAGCGGGAGAUCGCGCCGCCGGUGAAGUCGCAGCUAUCGGAGGCGAUGGGCAAGGCGAUGGGCGACAUGACGGCGAUGGCGGGCGGCAAGCUGCGGCAGCGCUACGGCUCGUCGCCGGCCGCCAUCUUCACGUUCGUGGCGUCGCUCGUGCGCACCAACCUCGAGUGCGAGCUGGUGCAGCGCGGCGGCCGCCUCGUGCAGCCGCCGCCCAACCGCCCGCCCAGAUACAAGCCCAGGGACGAUUGUAUCGUGCCACUACUAUCGGUGGCGGGUGCGCACGCGCGCGCGCUGGUGGUGGCGGGCGCGUCGCUGGGCGUGGCGGCCACGUGGCGCGCGCUGGUGCCGAGCGCGGAGGGCGGAGCAGGGGCGGAGUGCGAGGGGGGCGCGGGGGCGGAGGCCGGCCCGCCCGCGCCCGCCCCCGCGCCGCGCCGCCCCGUGCCGCUGCUGCUGCGCGACCCCACCGCGCUGCUCAUGCACAUGCUGCUGCUGGCGCCCGACGACACGCCGCACCUCGAUAUACUGCACUUCACGUGCAUAGUGCGCGCGCUGUACGCGCUCACGUACUACCAGGUGGUGAACCAGCUCGUGGCCAACGGGCGGUUCGCGCGCCUGCUGGCCGCGGCCGACGGGCGGGGGGAGGGCGGGGACCCACGGGACGGGGACGGGGAGGGGGAGGGGGAGGGCAGUUUGCUGGAUGCUGCGCGGCUGCUGCGGGGGGCGCUCGCUGGGGAUCACCUGCUGGAUGAUGAUACGCCCGCGCAGAGUGCUGAUGUGACUCUAGAUCAGAUUGAGGAGGAGGUGCAGGAGCUGGUGCUGCCGUACCUGCGCAUCGCGGCGCUGGUCCGCAAGCACGUGUACGGCGGCGAGCUGCCGCUGGCGGCGGACGCGGCGCGCGAGUUCGCGGAGCUGGCGCGCUACCUGCAGCUGGUGGCGGCGGGCGGCGGCCGGCUGCUGGCUGCGCACGCGCUGCCGCCGCACGCGCCCGCCGCGGCGCGCCACUGGGCCCGCCAGCUGGCGCAGGCCGCCACCGGCGGACAGCUCGCGAUCGGGCGCGUGGUGCGCAGCCUGCACGCGGCGUGGGCGGGCCCCGCGCUGCUGCGCCUGCCGCGCGAGUACGACCGGCUGUUCACGUACUACCACGAGCGCGUGUGCCUGCAGUGCGGCGCCGUGCCCAAGGAGGCGUCCGUGUGCCUGCUGUGCGGCACGCUGGUGUGCCUGAAGCAGCCGUGCUGCCGCCAGCACCAGGUGGCCGAGGCCGUGCAGCACGCCAUGGACUGCGGCGGCGGCACGGGCAUCUUCCUCGUCGUCACCUCCACCUACAUCAUCGUCAUCCGCGGCCGCCGCGCCUGCCUCUGGGGCAGCCUCUACCUCGACGACUACGACGAGGAGGACCGCGACCUCAAGCGCGGCAAGCCGCUGUACCUGAGCGAGGACCGCGUGGAGCUGCUGCAGGCGCAGUGGCUGGCGCACCGCUUCGACCACACCAAGCGCACCUGGGUGUGGCAUCGCGACUCGCUCUGAGCCCGCAGGUUGGCCAAAAUCAGCAUCGCAACGUACAGCAAGUGCGGCCGCUCAGCCGCGCUCGCGGGUCGCGGGUUGUGUUCCCGGUUGAACACUUAUGUAUCGCUAUGUAAAUAACCCUAUUUAUACUUAGACCGUUCGGUUCUGUGUGGAACCAUUCGUCGUGUCAAUUCGGAGAGUGAUGUUGGAUGCUUGUAAAGCGCUUAACAGAGGAUUUAACGCAUAUUUGAAUUAAAUGAUCUCUAUUAUAUUGCAUAUAUAAUCGUUUAUCGACGCGCCGUGUCCAAGUUGAGCCGCGGCCUCUGUACAUAGCUGUGUCUAAAAAUUAUAAUUAUUGUUAUACAUAAGUAGGUAUCGAAAAUGUUUGCAAUUUGAUCGUUGAAAUGAAUUGUAUAGGUCUGACUCUGAAUUAUAUUUGAAAUGUUCUAAAUUUUAUGCGGUUUUGCAACACACUCGCGUAUAGAUGUUGCGUGUUGUGUUGCAACACGUCCGCGUAUAAAUGUUGCGUGUUGUGUUGCAACACAAAAUGUUUCGGUGCUUGUCGUUAUUGAGCCGCUCAACUUGCACACCGGCGAGCACAGUGAGACGGGCGCAGUGUGCAGAGAGACAUACAUAUAUACACGUGUAAAUACGAGGAGUAGAGUACGGGCUGUGAGUGUAGCGGUUAGUAAAUUAUUAUUAUUGCGUCGUGUAACCAGCUAUGUGUAAUGUUAUGUUUAACAGUGUAAUCGAAAUUAUUAUUAAGUUUUGUACGCGUAGUCUCGGCUAAAUCUCAAGUACAUUGUUAUGGAUGCGCUCAAUUCCGAGUCUGCGAGACUAGUGAUGUAGAGGACGAAGCAUUUUAUAUUAUAACUGUCUGUAUAAUUGUAUAAACUAGUGCAAUGCUCAAGCGCUGUAACUGUCAUUUGUCGUUUCGGUCAUUUUGAAUUUUAACUGUAGUUAAGAAAUUGUUAAAUUUCCAAAGGAUAGCAAACGUGUUGCCUUAUUCAUGACACCAGUGCAAGUGGUCCGUUAAGUAAUCAUAAAUAUAUAAUAGAGUUGCGGCGCAGGCGCAGCCGCGGCGUUUUAUUGUUAACGAUGAUAAUUGUAACUACGAUUGUUCUUGUAUAUAUUCAAACAUUAAAGUUGUUGAUAUUU